CCCGUCUGUCUGCACCGUUCCAACCGGAAUAGACGGCAGGCCAGCAUCCACAAGACGUCGCUUGACUUGCUGAAUCAAUCCUACGAGUCGACCAGCGUCGAAUCCCUGGAGCAGGUCUUCAUUGCCAACAUACACAGCCUGGACAGCGCUUGGAUUUCGUUUUGCACCGGCGACAACCGCGGUCAGGUCCAAUUCAAAGCGAGAGCUGUCGACUGGAAUCCCCGUGGCAAUUUUCAACCCCACAGUCGCUGCCACAUCAAUGAUGUUCACUUGAGGGUUUACAUGUGUCAAGAAGGUGCGGACACCGCCAAAGUGCUGCCGAAUGGACUGAAAAUCACCUUCGAUCUUGCUUGCGUGGCCGACGUGGUAGCCAAUUCCAAACGACGAGAGGGGCGGGGCCGCGUCUGUCGUCCAGCGGUGUGCACUCAAACUGAGUAGGAUGCAACACAAGAGUCGAGCCAUGGAUAGGUUGGUUAGCCAGCCUCUGUGUCGUCGCCGAUAGCUUCAGCAUGUUCAAGCCCCAUGAGACGGACGUCGACCUUCCAGAGCAAGUGGCUUCCUUGACAUCGUCGUGGGACGUGAAAAAGAUGCGCAUCCUAGAGUUUGUGACUGCGCAGCAUGCAGCGUCUGGGUCCCCUGGGUGGGCUCUAGCAGUGGUGCAUCACAACGAGACUCUCCUUGCCCAAGGUUUUGGACUCAACGAGGUUGCCAACCCAGCGAACCAAGUGUCGCCCGACUCGAUGUUCCACAUUGGAUCGGUGACCAAAACCAUGGUGGCGGUGGCGCUUGCGAAGCUGGUGGACGAAGGUCGUGUGCGAUGGACCGACCGCGUGACACAGCAUUUGCCGUGGUUUACUCUCCACGACAAGUAUGCACAGACGUACACAACGCUGCACGAUCUCUUGGGCAUGAACUCGGUGUUCGCCGAAGGCGACAGCGACUACCAAGCGAGCUUUGGUGUGUAUUCGUCCGAGCGGGAUAUGGUCCAGCGCCUCGGGUCGUAUGCCACCACACGGACGUAUCGGCAAGGCUACGCAUACGCCAACGUGAACUUUGCCAUCUUGGGCCAAGUGGUUCAAGCCGUCACCAACCAGACGUGGGGCGAAUACCUCACGCAAGCGAUCUGGACGCCGUUGGGGAUGAUGCACACGUACGACUGGGCAGAGCACGCGCCGGCCGAUCAUCAGCUUUCCAAAGGUCACUUUGUGUGCAAUGGCACUGUGGCAGGUCCGUUUGACAUUCGGGAUGCUUCGACUUCAUUCCUGGCACCAUUUCCCCAGGCCGAUGGGUCGGUUGUAUCGUCCAUCCAUGAUAUGGCGAUAUUCAGCAAGUUCUUGCUCAGUAAAGGCCGCCCUCUAUUUGCAUCAACACAACCCAUCGCAGACAUGAUCACGGGCCACGAGAUUCAAGCUGUGUUUGUGGGGGCGAUGGGGACGUCGUGGGGCUACCACUUUGACCCUAAAGGGGGUCGGGCGUUGGGGGCGGGUUAUGGCAUUGACGUUGUCGGCCCCAGCAUGUACCGUAACUUGGACUACUUUGACAAGAACGGCGACACGGCCGAGCACCAGACGCGCACGGGAUUUGUGCCUAGCCGCGGCUUGGGGGUAGUGCUGCUGAACAACGGGCAACUGAUGGACAAGGGAAGUAACAUCCAGCGCUUGAGUCGCGUUCGUACGUAUGUGCUGGGCAUAUUGCUGGACAUUCCCCAGAACGAACUGGUUGCUGCGUGGAACGAGUCGGUGUUAGCGGCGGAUGCGCUGUAUCCCGUGGGGGAUUGCAAAGCAGCAGCCUUCGAUUCGACGCCUCCAACGCCCACGUACCACCCGUCCGACGCUGUCAAGGAAUGGCUGGCGGGCGAGUACACUGCGAUGGCCUACCCUGAUUUUGUCGGCAAUGCCUCCAUCUAUGUCCAAAACAAGAACCAGCUCGUGUUCAAGUACGGGACGUAUGCCGGCCCCCUCAUUGGACUCACCAACACGACGUUUGUAUGGAAUGUCUUUGUGGCCGUGGCCCCUGCCGUCACUGUGCGCAUUGCCAAACUGCCCAAUGGACUGCCGACAAUUGCUAUCGACGAUAUGUUUGCCUUUGUCAAAGUACUAGCGUAGACUCGGGAUGAUUGUUGUUGGUACUAGUAAGUUAACGUUAAUACUGUACUGGUUGGUAGUUGCUCUGAAAUUGCUGCACCAAAUAAAU